AAAAGUCGGGUGACCAUGUCAGACGGCGAAGCUGAUACCUUGAGAAGCACCUUUCCCUCUUACAUGGCAGAGGGCGAGAGGCUUUAUCUAUGCGGGGAGUUCUCUAAGGCCAUUCAAAGCUUUACCAACGCUCUUCACCUUCAAAGCGGAGAUAAGAAUUGCCUGGUUGCCCGCUCCAAGUGCUACCUGAAGAUGGGAGACUUAGAGAAAUCCUUGAAUGACGCUGAAGCCUCACUUCAGAAUGACCCGACUUUCUGCAAGGGGAUCUUACAGAAGGCUGAGACGCUGUACACCAUGGGAGACUUUGAGUUUGCCCUCGUGUUCUAUCAUCGAGGCUACAAACUGAGACCUGAUCGGGAAUUCAAAGUAGGAAUUCAGAAAGCCCAGGAAGCCAUCAACAACUCCGUGGGAAGUCCUUCUUCAAUUAAGCUGGAGAACAAAGGAGACCUCUCCUUCUUAAGCAAGCAAGCAGAGAGUAAGAAAGCCCAACAGAAGCAUCUACCUGUAAAGCACCUCUCUUACAACACCAAGCAUGAAAUCAAGCGGAAGGGCUCGCUCAAGAGCGAGAAGACAGUUCGGCAGCUGCUCGGGGAACUGUAUGUGGACAAGGAGUAUCUAGAGAAGCUUCUUCUGGAUGAAGAUCUCAUCAAAGGCACCAUCAAGAGUGGCCUGACCGUGGAGGACCUCAUCAUGACUGGUAUCAACUACCUGGACACCCGCAGCAACUUCUGGAGGCAGCAGAAGCCCAUCUAUGCCCGGGAGCGAGACCGGAAGCUGAUGCAAGAGAAGUGGCUGAGGGACCGGAAACGCAGCCCCUCGCAGACAGCCCACUACAUCCUCAAGAGCCUAGAGGACAUUGACAUGUUGUUGACCAGCGGCAGUGCCGAUGGGAGCCUCCAAAAAGCUGAGAAAGUACUGAAGAAGGUUCUAGAAUGGAACCAAGACGAGGUACCCAACAAGGAUGAACUGGUCGGGAACUUGUACAGCUGCAUAGGCAACGCCCAGAUUGAGAUGGGGCAGAUGGUGGCUGCCUUGCAGAGUCACAGAAAGGACCUGGAGAUCGCCAAGGAACAUGACCUUCCAGAUGCAAAAUCGAGAGCCCUUGACAAUAUUGGCAGAGUUUUUGCCAGAGUUGGGAAAUUCCAGCAAGCCAUUGACACGUGGGAGGAGAAGAUCCCUCUGGCCAAAACCACCCUGGAGAAGACCUGGCUCUUCCAUGAGAUUGGCCGCUGUUACUUGGAGCUGGACCAGGCGUGGCAGGCCCAGAGUUACGGUGAAAAGUCUCAGCAGUACGCCGAGGAGGAAGGGGACCUCGAGUGGCAGCUGAACGCCAGUGUUCUGGUGGCCCAAGCCCAAGUGAAGCUGAGAGACUUCGAGUCGGCUGUGAAUAACUUUGAGAAGGCCCUGGAGCGUGCCAAGCUGGUCCACAACAACGAGGCGCAGCAGGCUAUCAUCAGCGCCUUGGACGACGCCAAUAAGGGUAUCAUCGAAGAACUUAAGAAAACAAACUACAGGGAGAUCCUCAGGGAAAAGGCAGAGAAACAGGACAUCACUUCACAGAUGGACCUGCAGGGAGCAUCGGAGAAGGAGCCUCGGCGAGGAGGCCGAGACGAUGAGAAGGUGGUGAGACAGUGGGAGAAGGAUCUAGAGAGUGAGAGAGACGCCACGGACGAGGACGAGGGCUCAAAGCAGAGGCUGAGGAUGGAGGAGCAGGACAGGAAAGGCUCGGGAGGACUGGGCAGAAAACUGUUGGGAGACAGUCAGCCGUCCGUGCAAGGGAUGAGGAGAGAGUCCAGGGAAAUCUACAGAAGGAUCUCGGACGACUCCACCCACCCACCCUCAGAGGACCAGAAGAAAUCAGCAGAAGCAGCCAAGGGGGAGGUUCAAAAGUUGGAGAAAACAAAAGAAGAAGAGGAACCAAAAGCCCGAGCAACUUAACACUCAGCCGGCUUAGUAGGCAGGAGGCUCAGGCGGACAGUGGGUCCAGGUGAGAAGCUCUGGGUAGGAAACGCUGGGAGACUGACUCCUACAGACCACCUCCAUGCGCCCUUGGUUCCCCAUUAAAUGUGCGUCUUUAAUUUUUACA